GCGCCCUUUGGCAGCCAUUUUAGAGGGCGUUCUCGACGCCUUAUAGCCCUUAAUCAAGAAAUUCGAAUCCCAGCAUGCCUUGCGCUGGCCUAAUACAGUCGCCGCUAGCAGAGGUGGCGUGACGACCAUCACAGGAAAGGGCGUGGCUCUUCUCUAAGAGUGGGGGAUAGGAUGCCCGGUCGGUCCUUAGCACGUGCGCGCCGUAGAGGAGAAAUUGAGCAACCAGCAACGAUGAAUAUUCAACGAUCUCUUGAGAUGUUGCACAUGACCAUAUACACUCAAAGCUUCUCACCUUGUGGCAGAUAUUUAGCAGCCGGAAACAACUAUGGAGAAAUUGCCAUAUUCAGCCUGUCGGCAGCAUUAAGUUCAGAAGCCAAGGAGGAGAACAAGAAGCCGGUGAUGACCUUUGCAGCCCACAGUGGAGCUAUCUAUGCCAUGGUGUCCACUGAUCGGCAGCUGUUAAGUGCUGGCAAUGGAGAGGUCAAGGCCUGGAACUGGAGCGAGAUUGUGAAAAAAAAUUGCAAAGAAGCUUGGAGUAGGAGGCCACCUUAUGGAAGUAGGCUUGAAGUGCCAGAAAUCAACAGCCUGCAGCUGAAUCUGAAGGAUAAUACUCUACUGAUGGCCGGAGGUGACUGUGUCAUUCACAUGAUGGACCUGGAGACUGGAGCCUUUACUCGUGAAUUUCAGGGUCACACUGAUUAUAUCCACUGUUUGGCCCUUCGGGAGCAGCUCCGAGAAUGCCUGUCAGGAAGUGAAGAUGGGACCGUACGUCUUUGGGAUUUACGUACAGGAGGUCAAGUCCAAUCAAUUGAAGUCCACAAAUAUGAGGAAUGCAACCGUCCUCAGAAUGGGAAGUGGAUCAGUUGUUUGGCGACAGACUCUGAUUGGAUGGUAUGUGGUGGGGGCCCAGCGCUCACUCUUUGGCACCUACGUUCAGUGACACCCACCACUGUAUUUCCUUUGCCUUCGUGCCAGCAGCAAGUCAUGUUCUACCAAGAUCUGAUUCUCUCUGCUGGCCACAGUCCAACCAUUAAUCAUUUACAGAUCAGUGGGGAAGUGAAGGCCCAAAUCCCUUGCCUUCCUCGUUGCGUUCACUCCAUUUCCAUCAAUGAACGCUCUGUAGAGCAUAAGGUGUUGACAGCAGCUGGAAGCAGCCACUUCAUUGACGUUUUCACCAACUUUGGAUACCGAGCCUUUUCUUUAGCUUUUACCUAAGAUGCACACACUGUCCUUUUGUAAAUAAUCUUGGUUUUGUGUAAUUUCAAAUCCAGUGUGGUCUAGGGGACAUCUCCAUUUUGGGGGUAUCUCUGAUUGUUUAGGAACGUGCAAAGUUUGCCUGCAAAGGAGAUUGCUCCCUAACAAGGUUGUGAGAGAAACUCAGAAACAGGCACCUCAAAGCAGGAUUACUUAAUAUGGAAGUGAAUGAAAGGAAUUGAAACUUGCCUGAAAGCAGAUGUCCUAAUUCUACUAUUGAUUUGUGUGUUUCAUCCCAGGACUGGACUGUCAAAUCUAUUCAUGAAGACAUGGAAACCAUCACCCCUCUCCCUUGUUUUUCUACACUUAAAAAUCAAUGUAUUUUCAUCUACACUUUCCUUUUUAUUUUUACAAGUAUUUCAAUAAGGAUUCUUUAUUUUUGGUCUGUUGGGUUUUUGAGGAUGGGGAUAGCAAUGGGAACUUUUGCAAAUUUAACUACUUAAAUUUAUACAUCCUCCUCCCUCCUAUUUUCUCCACAACAAGUUUGUGAGGUGGAUUGGACUGAGAGAGAGUGACUGACUCAAAGUCACCCACCCGGUCUUCAUGCCUAAGGCGGAACUAGAAUUCACAAACUCCUGGUGAUUGGUCCAAAGUCACCCACGCGGCUUUUAUGCCUAAAGCAGGAUUAAAAAUCUAGCCUGGUACCUUAACCAUUAGACCAAACCAUCUCUCAUUGGAAGGUGUGUUUGGAAAUUCCACAACUCUUAUUUUUUAAAAUUGACCAUUUUGCCAUUACACGUUUGGCUACCAGUUGGAUUCUAUGGGGAGGGCAAAUGCGACCUAACUCUGAUCUUUCUGUCUUACCAUUCUAGCUAGCAUCCAGAACCAGCAGGGAACGAUGGGAACAGACUUGCCAAGCUAUAAAGAAAUGUUCAGGAUAUAACCUCUCAGGUUUGCAGCCUUUGAACCUCCUGCAAAAAUUUGCUGUGACAGUUUCAGCCUAUUUCUUCUG